UAGCCCUGUUGUGAUCUAUUCAAGCAAGAUUUUCGAUUUGCGUUUUGUUUGUUGGGAAGAAAGAAAGCGUUGAAUUUGAUUCAAAUCUAAGCCUUUUGUUCAACAACCACAACACCAGAGUUUACGGGACAUGUAAAGGUAAAAUAAAUGGCGAAGUUUGACUCAGGUUACUUUCCUAUGCCUCCAUUGCCCAAGGAAGAGACGAAUGGCCAAAGUGCGUCUCUACAAGAUGAUGUUUUCACGGACUUAAAUUUACAACCUCUUUCUGAUAAUGAAAUCGGUCCAGCUUGUGUAGUCUGCUCUGACAAAGCUUCGGGUUACCACUAUGGUGUUUUCACCUGUGAAGGAUGUAAAGGGUUUUUUAAAAGAACUGUACAAAAACAACUGGUUUAUACAUGCAAAGAAAGUGGAUCAUGUGAUAUUAAUCAAUAUACAAGAAACAAAUGUCAAGCAUGUCGCUAUCAGAAAUGUGUUUUAACUGGAAUGUUAAAAGAAGCUGUACGUGAAGAUAGAAUGCCGGGUGGACGGCAUCGGCAUAAAUCUCAAACACAAGAUGUUAAAGAUAAGGGAAAGAAGCGACGUCCAAGUAAAGAAAAUAGUCCAAGUUCUUGUUCUUCAUGUAGUGAUCCAGCCUCGCCUAGAUCUCCCACUGAUGAUAUUGACGUCACGGGAAUGUUAAGCAAACUUACAGAGGGUGAGCCAGAUCAGAUUCCAGAUGCUGAUACCUCGCACAUACAAGAUGAUCAUGGCGAGUAUAAUCUCAAUGUCUUCUUGGCAUCGGGACUGGAAGAUCUCAAGAAUUGCGUACGUUGGACGAAAAGUGUUCCUGGUUUUGUUGAAUUGGGAUGGGAAGAUAAAGUAUGUUUGAUUCGCGCUUCGUGGAUGGAUCUAAUCCUUCUCAGACUUUCCUACAGAUCUCUAGGAUAUCCUAAAGGUACUACGGUGUUUGGUCGAAGGUUAGUCAUGAAUCAUUGUGAAGUGAAGAAGAUGGGAUGGUCGCAAGGCAUGAUGGAUGAUCAUGACGAAUUCACAAACAAAUUAAGAAUUCUUCAUCCGGACAGAAACGAGUUUGCCUGUCUUUGUGCAUUGGUUUUACUCACCUCAGAUUGUCCCGAGGUAGAAAAUAAGGCCAGAGUAGGUUAUCUUCAGUCACAGAUUUCGUCAGUUCUUCAAGAAUACGUACGAAGUCAAUACAGUGAUCAACCUAAUAGACUGGCUAAAGUAUUGUUGUGCUUACCGACACUCAGAACAUACAGUGCUAAUGCCACAGAAAACUAUCGUGCGUUUGAAAUGUUUGGAAAGAUCGACGUGCCACCUCUUGUAAGAGAACUGUUUAAAGAUUAGCUGCAGAGUGGUGCUUAUGAAAUCAUUACAAGAUAAUUUCACGUGUUUAUGAAGUUACUGCGAACUUUCCCAGUGCAGUGAACAGUUUUUAGGUAUGGUUGUUGAACAAACGCGUGAAAAAAGAUGAAGAUUGUUUUAUAGAUGUAUCAUAUUCGUUUGGUGUGUAAAAAUCUCAACAUAGUGGUGGCAUUUCCGAAACGUAUAGAAAGAUCUUCGCAAUAUUUUCCAGGAAAUCUGUGACCUCAUGGAUGUAGUAGCCGAGUUGUGACUCGUGCCUCUGAACAAAGAAAGGAAUUUCCUUAACAUGUUGUGUUUAUCACUCCCCUAAGAGAUUCCUCAGAAUAUUGUAGCGGGAAAAAACACAAACAAGUAGUGAAUUAAAGUCUUCACACUGACACUGUUUAAAAACAGAAUUCACCGACACGAAAAAGAAUGGGUCUAAACACAUCAUAGAUUUUUAGACUUGGUAAAGUGUUGCCAUCACAUUCAACAUGUUGUUCAUAUGAACUUUCUCAAACAUCAUUACAGGACAACAACAAUUUGUCUCGACAAAACAACACUGGUCCAAUUGUCUCAAGUUUUCGCCUAUGGACAGGUGUAUAAAGCAACAUUUAGAACUCGUUGAACUCUUUAUUAUGUUGGUCUGAUGAGAUGGUCUGAUGUUGGCUCGUGUAGUCGGAUGAGAUCUUUCGGUGUUUCUUUCAAAGCACUGUCGCGGGGAUUUUUUAGUUGCCAUAACUCUUCUUAACUUUUAACUGGAUAAAAAUGUCCAGACAGUAAAUUAAAACAGUUUUAAUUUCGUAGUCAGAGAAACAUUAGAACACGAUAGUCCAUGUUGUUGUCGAACUUGCAGUCACCUUUGUUUAGCUAUGAGAUGCUUGAAUCAACUCCUCGUUUUGUUAAAACAAACAUUCGCCGUGAUUGAAAAGUGAAAAAAUAACCCACAAUUAUGAGGUGAAUAUCGCUGAAAAUCAAAACCAAAAAGCCCGAGUUUUUGUCAGUGAUAUUCACCGAGCUGGAGGUGAAAAAUGGUUUCAGGAAAAUUACAAAGGUUUUUACAAAAUUGACCCAUAUUGUCGCUUUCGUUCUGUUAGAAGCAGCAUUUUUUUCAUCAUUUCAUGAAUCAUGGUCUUCGAAAAAACGACUUCCCGCUAUUUUAAUAUAUCCGGCCAUAUCUGCUUAACUAAUCAGUGGUGACAAUAUUCAAUAAUCACCUUUGUAAGUAUCCUGAUUACCGUUAGGUCACGGAACAUUUACUGCAUGUUGCCCCAGCUGUUUCACACUCCAGUGACAGAGUGGUAGUAUAUGCAUAAUUUUAAUAUUUCUAAUCAAUCUUCCCACCUGAUAUUAUACCUCCCAUACUAAAAUGGCUGCUGAGGAGACAAGCUAUAUAAUUAGAUUGAAUUGAAUAGCAUAUCAAAGUGUUUGGGAGGUCUGACAGGGAUAGCAUCUUAAGCAGUAAGAUUCCGGAAUGCAUUGGAAAAUACUUUGUCCCUGUUUCGGGUUCCGAAAUUCUUUGAUAUUGUGAUUUUAAUGUCCAUAUAUCUCCAAUUAGAAAUGUUUGAUUGUAAUAGAAAAAUCGUUAAUAGAAAAAUCGUAACUUCU